GUUCAUUGAGAAGCCUGGAAGUUCUCAGGCAUCAUGAAUCUCAUUCCUCACCUGUCAACAGGGACAUGGAUUCUCCUGGCUGCUCUUUUUCUGCUUAUAUUACUCUAUGGAAUUUGGCCAUAUGGACUUUUUAAGAAAAUGGGAAUUCCUGGACCUACUCCAUUGCCCUUCAUAGGAACAUUUCUGGAAUUUAGAAAAGGACUGGUACAGUUUGAUACAGAAUGCUUCAAGAAAUAUGGGAAGACAUGGGGACUGUAUGAUGGGAGACAACCCGUGCUUGCAAUCAUGGACCCAGCUAUAAUUAAAACUAUUCUUGUAAAAGAGUGUUACACGAAUUUCACUAACAGACGGAAUUUUGGUUUGAGUGGUCCCCUUGAGUCUGCCAUCACUGCUGCAGAGGAUGAGCAGUGGAAAAGGAUUCGAAGUGUGCUCUCACCUACAUUCACCAGUGGGAAACUAAAAGAGAUGUUCCAGAUAAUGAAAGAUUACUCAGAUAUCCUUGUGAAAAACAUCCAGGAUAAUGUGGACAAAGAUGAGCCAUGCACAAUGAAGGAUGUGAUUGGCGCAUACAGCAUGGAUGUUAUCACCAGCACCUCAUUCAGUGUGAAUAUUGACUCCCUUAAAAAUCCUUCCCAUCCUUUCGUUGUUCAUAUAAAAAAUCUGUUGAAAGGUGGCUUGCUGAACCCAUUGAUCAUCUUAGUGGUGGUUUUUCCAUUCCUUAGACCCAUUUUUGAGGGUCUAAAUAUAAACUUUUUUCCAAAAAAUUUUACUCAGUUUUUUACGAAUGCUGUCACAAGCUUCAGGGAGAAGAGAAAAAAAGGAGAUCACACGGGACGUGUGGAUUUCCUUCAGCUUAUGGUGGAUUCUAGUGUAACAGAAGGAAAUGAUUCAGGCAAUCAGCACAAAGCUCUGACAGAUGUAGAAAUAAUGGCUCAGUCCAUUAUAUUUAUAUUUGCUGGAUAUGAAACAACAAGUACAGCACUGUCUUAUCUGUUUUAUUGUCUUGCCACCCACCCUGAUGUCCAGCAGAGAUUGCAUGAGGAGAUAGAUUCAUUUCUCCCUGACAAGGCCAGUCCUACUUAUGACAUUCUGAUGCAGAUGGAAUAUCUUGAUAUGGUCAUUCAGGAGACCCUCAGGUUGUAUCCCCCUGCAGGACGGCUAGAAAGAGUCUCAAAGCAGAAUAUUGAGAUUAAUGGUGUUAGCAUCCCCAAGGGGACAGUCACAAUGAUCCCAGCAUAUGUGCUACAGCGGGACCCUGAUUACUGGCCAGAGCCUGAAGAGUUCCGCCCUGAAAGGUUCAGUAAAGAAAACAGGGAAACCCAUACUCCAUUUACCUUUCUGCCUUUUGGAGAUGGUCCCAGGAAUUGCAUUGGAAUGAGAUUUGCUCUCCUGAGCAUGAAAGUGGCCAUUGUCAGCAUGUUACAGAACUUCAGUGUCCGGCCUUGUGCAGAAACUCUGAUUCCCAUGGAGUACAGCACCAUAGGCGUAUUACAGCCAAAGAAACCCAUUGUUUUAAAAUUUCUCUCCCGGACAUCAGCUCAAGAGUAACAUAACAGUAUACAGUAUAUUUACAAGGAAUUUCUCUUGAUGGAUUUGAUCCUGAAUACUGUCUGAAUGAGUUUUCUAACUAUAUUUUUCCAUUAAUGAAUACAUGUUUAUUUAUACCAAAUAUUUAUGUUUAUGCCAAACCUCACACAAUGUUUAGUAACGUGCUUAAAGGAACAGUAAAACAAAAAAUUAAAGUGUUUAAAGGAAUAUCAAUAUAACAUACUGUUGUCCUGCACUGGUAAAACUGGUGAAUUUGCUUCAGAAACUCUACGAUUGUUUAUAAAAAACUGCUGUGUAGCCAUGGGGGCAGCCAUUGAAAGCUGAAAAAGGAGAAAAGGGAAGUAAAUGGGAUUCUUCCCCAUGGCUACCCAGUAGCUUGUUUAUAUUAUAUAAACUAAGUAGUCUUUCUGAAGCAAAUGCACCAGUUUUACCAGUCCAAGGCAACAGUACAUUAUAUUAUCAUUCAUUUAAAACACUUUUUGGUGUUACUAAACUAUUACAUGCUCCACUGUGAUAAUGUUUUAGCUAAUAUCUCAUUCAUUUUCAUAAUACCUGAAGGAUUAUUUAAAAUUGUUAAAAAGAAAAGGGGACAUUGUUUUAGUGAUACAUGGGAUAAUGUGACAAAGAUUAUAAUCGUUUUUUUCAUUGUGAGGUGGUGGAUCGAACAUGGUUCCAGUAAUAAAAUAGAUCAUGCCAAAA